AUGAUGGCUGCCGAAAGGCCUUUCACCGAUCUGACCUUCUACAACGCCAUAUGGAAAGACAAAGGCCAGUCCGACAGCGGGAUGUCGCGGCAAUGGCGACAUCAGAGCAAGUCCGCCUCGAUUACAUCUGCUCCUACUACCAUGAUCACAUCGAUGCCAAUCGAUGUUACAUCUGCAUCAUAUCCAGCUAGCCAAGUUUCGACUCCUUUGUCCUCUGCCAGCCCUGUAAUCGGAAGUGCAAUCCACCCAGACCUUGCUGGUGAUUACUCUCUGCCAUGGAAUGGCAUGGAAAUCCCCCUCCAGCCGCGGCCAACGGUCUUCGGAAGCCAUGUACGAGACUCUCCAGAUGACUUGCCUUUCUACUCUUCUCCAGAUACUUGUGGCUCUCCAGCAUCUGAUGCAGCCGGAUAUGUGCUGCCACCGCACCCUUCCUCUGCUCCAACUUCAGUCAUGGAGCCGUUCACCUAUUCAGAUCUAUCCGCAUCGCCUCUACAGCUCCCCACAGCCACACGCGAAUGGGAUGGCUUGGAUAUCGUCUCUUCCGCCCCUAACAUGAUGCCGCUCGCUCUUGACGGAAAUCAGAUGAUUCACCCAGUAGAGCCUGCAUUGCCAAUACCCCUCUCCAACCUGGAUGGGGAUGAGUGGUAUGCACUACGACGAGAACUUACUUCAGCGCCCGGCGUCCUUUCCGGAGACGACGGCAUGGAAAUCAUUGACACUGUAAAGUGGCAAGACUGUUUCGAGUGCUACUGGCGAAAUUUCCAUCGCUUAUUCCCGAUCGUUCAUCGCCCGACCUUUUUUACUACUAAGCCCAGCCCACUGUUGUCCGGUGCUAUGGUUGCAAUUGGUUCGCAGUUUGAUACACGACCAAAUGCGAAAGAGUACUCCUUAGCACUUCUUGAGGCUUGCAUCAAGUUGCUGGCCAAACGGCCCGCAAUCACCAGCAGAUCCCGCGUAACUGAUAUCCAGGCUGUCUUUCUGCUAGAGUACCUGUCGAAAUUUAGGUCUCGGAAGGCAGACGUGCAGAUCUCUCAUCGUUUUCGCAGCUUAUACGGAAGCUUUAUGCAAGAUAGACAUUGGGUACACGUGAAUCCUCUUGCCGUCCUAAACACUUUGCCUCCCGAAUCCUCACAUGAUUCUCUGAAGAAAUCACAAAAAUUCUGGGUUGAACACGAAACGCGCCGUCGAGUCUUACAAGCUUCAUUCAUCCUGGACGUUUACCAAUCGAAGCUUUUUGGCCAACCAUCCGUUUCAGUGCAACCUAGCUCCAAUCCAUUCAACACGCGCCCUCAGGUUUCGCAGGCGAACAAAAUUCCUUUUCCUUGCAGCGCCGAGUUAUGGGAAUGCAAUGAUUCUGCCCAAUGGCUUUCUUUGGCACGAUCUUAUGUCUCGCUAUCUCUCCCUUCUGCUGCCGUCAGCGUAAACAGACUCUCCGGACUCCGACCGGAAGAAAUCGAUCAAUUUCAAGCCUCCCUGCUACUUGCCUAUGGUCUCGCCUCAUAUGCUGUAACUGAAGAUGAUCGCUCAUCAAACGACCCACUGAACGCUUUAAUCAUUUCAUUGCAAGAUCGAAAUGGAGCUGAUAUGGCGACAUCAUCUCACUCUCAAACUCUGUUUACCUAUCAUACUUUGAUGGCCGUGCAGUACACACCACUACACACCCUGCUCACUGUCAGUGGCGAGUCAUGGCUUUUCAAUCAGAAACUUGCCCAAGAAGGCGAAUUUCGGAGUGCCAAAAUGAAACUACGAGAGUGGGUAUCUGACACUGACGAUGUCAAAAAGGCAGUUUGGCAUGCUGUAAGGGCGCUAAAUUAUGUUGUGGAGAGUACCGAAUGGCACUCAUCCACAAUUACUUCGGCGACUGCCAACCCCGUGUGGAGCAACAGUGUGCCCUUGAUCAAAACUCCCGCGGCGGGCCCGUCAAUAAUGCUACAGGCAACUUGGAGCGUCUAUAUAUGUGUUUUGAUAUGCUGGGCCUAUGGGUUCGAUCCCAGCAAUAUCGUACGAUCAGAAGCAGAACAUCAGCCAGAUAAUCAGGCCAAUGAGGCGCGGGCAUAUAUUCAGAACAUGGUAUCGUUGGCUCCGACAUGGAGACACAUAUCUCAAACCAACAUCCCAGCAACUGUGCGAUGCAACAUAUAUCCUCUCUUACGAUACAUACGGCUAACUCGGCUUCACGAGGGCCGCGUUGGAGGUCUACUCAAUGAAGCAAACCGAGUACUUGCUCGAUUAUCCGAGCCUAGAGGUGCACGAGGCGAAAUAAGGGGGAUGUGGAGCUUCUAG